AAAUAGGAUCGCAUACAACCUAUUUGGCUUUUUUUCAACAGGGUGUUGAGAUGCUUUUCUUCUCUGGCUUGAUUGGUAGUUGUUAUGAGAGGUCUAUGGUUGAGUAUGAUGGCCUUAGAAGUCGGCCCAGGACGCACAUUCCCCCAGGGCGUGAGUCGUGACGUUGCCCACAUACGUGAGGCCGACAACGGCAAGCCCUAUCACCGCCACCACCACCGAGUAUGAUGGACAGUUCACACCACACAAGUGGCAAAGAAGAAGAGCUGCGACUAUGGUCACGCGUCUUCUGUAAGAAGAAGAAGAUGGUGAGAAAAUGGCAGCCACCGACGCACGGGACGGUGUGCGAAGGACAGACAGCCUUGAGCACCAUACCAAUGUCGUCGCCGAUUCCCCAGGAGGAGGAAGAGGAACUGAGAAUUUGGAUGCAUCCGUGAGAGAAGCCCGGAUAAAACGAUGGCUUCGUCAAUCCAGUGUCCUGCGUACUUCCAACGAUCGUAUCCGCAGCGUGGUCUGCAUUGCUAUCGCUAUAGCCAUUGUUAUCGCUAUUGGAGCGCUGCUACUUUACUACCAACUCAGCGACCAGAUGGCGCUGUCACGAAGAAGAAGCUUCUUGUUGUCGGAGUCGAACGAAUCUCUCUUGAUGGACCUUCCGGAAGCCGAAGCAUCCGCAGCACUUACGACUCCAAUCUUCAUUCCAGAUGAGAACAUCACCGAAGAUCCUGACCUUAUCGGUCUAUGGUUGCCGUUCAGGAACGUCGACGCCAAAGAAGGCUGACGGCCAUCGCAAGACGCGUUCAGUGACGUCAACUUCAUUGUGCGCGCCAUACAGAGAUCGAGUGCGGUGACGCGCCAAGUAAAUAUAAUACUAUAAUGAUCAAGCUAAUCUGCACAUAUACAUAUCUAAAAUAAAUAGUACUUCACUGA